CGGGCCCCCGCGCCGCUCCGGGAGCCGAUGGCAGCUGCACAGCGCGGCCGCCCGGCGGAGCGCGGCGCGGCUCGGCGCCCCCGGCGCGGGAUGCGCGGGCGGGCAGGCGGCGGUGGCGGCAGCGGCUUCGGCAGCUCCGGGAGCUGGAGGGACGGGGCCGGGCGGCCGGCGGCCGCCGCGCUCGCCUGACCUGCGUGCCCCGCUGGCCGCGCCGGGCUGCCCCGAAGGAUGUCCGCCCAGUCCAAGGGGACCGCAUCCUCCUCCUCCUCGCCGUCCGAGGGGCCGCCGGCAGCCUCCAAAGCCAAGGUGAAGGAGCAGAUCAAGAUCAUCGUGGAGGAUUUGGAAUUAGUCCUGGGGGACCUGAAAGAUGUCGCCAAGGAACUUAAGGAGGUGGUUGACCAGAUUGACACACUGACAUGUGAUCUGCAGCUGGAGGAUGAGAUGACAGACAGUUCCAAAACAGACACCCUGAACAGCAGUUCCAGCAGCACAACGGCCUCCAGCUUGGAGAAGGUCAAGGUGCGGGGCAGCGCGCCCCUCAUCAAGCCCCCUGCGCACCCCUCUGCCAUCCUCACCGUGCUGCGGAAGCCGAACCCUCCCCCUCCUCCCCCUCGACUGACGCCCGUCAAGUGUGAUGAGCCUCCCAGGCUGCCUCCUUUGGCCAACCCAGUCAAGACCAACGGCACCCUGCUGCGGAAUGGGGGCCUGCCCGUGGGGCCCGGCCGCAUCCCAAAUGGAGAUGUGUGCUGUAUGCCAAACAGUAACUUGGAGAAAGUGGUGAUGCAGCCGCUGGUGCACAGAGCUGAGAAGGAGCGGUGUCCCCAGGCGGGAGCGAGGGAGCGCGUGCGGUUCAGUGAGAAGGUGCAGUACCACGGCUACUGCCCCGACUGUGACGUUCACUAUAACAUUAAAAACAGGGAGGUGCACUUGCACAGCGAGCCAGCCCGAGUUGCAGGAAAGCUGCCACACCAGUGCCCUCCUCUGCCACCUCCUCCACCUCCAUUGCCUCCAUUUCUUCUGGAAAAUGGAGGGUUGGGGAUAAGUCCCAGUAAUAGCUUUCCUCCUCCAAGACCUGCAACUGUGCCUCCACAAACUGCACCAAAACCCCAGAAGACCAUCUUGAGGAAAUCAACCACUACUACAGUGUGAAGUAUGCCCCUUGUAAUAACUCUUUGUUUUUUCCUAUAUAUAAACAUAAAUAGGUAAUGAGCACUUUCUCUUGAGCAAUAAAAAGACCCAAUGUAUUACACCCUGUGUCCAGUGAAGUGGCAUAAAAAUCACAUGGUAAGUACAAAGAGGAAUACUUGUUGGUCUUAUUUGUACUCAUCAAAAAUACCCUUAUAGCAAAGGAUGAUGAAAAAAUACUCGUUCUUUAGCACCGAUGUUGUAAACAUCUGUAGCAGUUUCUUAUUUGUAGCAUAGUUUAAAGGCCAAUUAAAAGAAGGUUCAGUGUGAAAAUACUCCGUAGUGAUAUGUGAUAGGUUUCAGUCUGACAUAAGGGGAUAACCGUUUCUCUCCUGGUUUUUGGACUUUUCAAAUGUCUUCUAAUGAAGCCAAGCGGAGUACCAGGUAACAGCCUUUGACUGAAUUCUAGCAAAUGCUUUUUUUGUCUUCAUGUGUGCUUGAACAAACUCACUGUAUGCGGGGUGGUUGCAGUAGGGGGUAAUCACUGGACUCUCAGCAGCUUUGUCUUUGGUGGGGAAGUAAAUAAUUGAAAUGUAUGUUGGCGUGGCUCUGGAAAACAGAGUUGCAUUCUGUUUCUGACUAUCUCAGUGCAUCACUACUGAUGUAAAGUACCAAGUUUGAGAUAAGCAGGGAUGGCCCCAUUAAGUUCCCCUUUUUUCUCCAUCUGCAAAAUGGUAGUGAUAUUUUAUCUCACUGGGCAAUGGCAAUAGGCUGAAAAAACAAAGCCCAGUCCGUGUUUUUCACAAAGCUUUUGUCUGGUACAAAUCUUCUUUUUGAAGGCAAAGAAAAUGUUGCUUAAGGCCUCCAGGGACAUCCACUUAAUUCAUGUAAAGAGCUUUGAAGUUGAAAAGCUCUGUGCAAUUAUGGGGCAUUAACAUGCAAAACAAGAUAUUUUACAUGUUAUCACAUUUUGAUGGUGAACCCAAUUAAUAGUCUUACUAGUUGAAAAAAAAGUCCUCAGUGUUUUUAAUUAUUUUAUGACAGAAUAUCCUUUUAUUCUCACAAAGAGAAUUGUAGGGACUUAGAGUUUAAAAAAAAUCCAGUCAAUGAAUAAAUCUGAUAAUAAAUCUGUUAUUUACAAAACUUGUGCCAAAAUAAUCUCAAUGGCCAACAGCAAAUGCUAUAUUAAAAAAAUUAUGCUUAUUUUGGCUGAAAUAUAAAAGAUACUUAUGGCAAAACAGAAAAAAAACAGACAAAACAGAUUUUGAAUUUUAAUUUCUAUUUACAUCUAGUAAUAGGUAUUCUAGUAUUUAAACCAAAAUAAUAAGAAUAAUUGUAACAAAAGUCCUAUCAGAUGACUACUGUUUGUAAACCUUUGCAGUAAGCAAAUAUUUUAUUUUGUGCAAAUGCACAUCCAGGGUCUAAAGUCUCAUGAAGAAUUCCUUGCAUAAAAGACAAAGAAAGGAAAUAAUCCUAAAUUCUUAAUCAUGCUUUCCCCUCAUGCCUCCCAUGUGUUUUUCUUGAUGCACUUUACAUUUGGUAUUGUUUGACUGUACUUAAUCCCACGAGAGCUGUUGCUGAGUGCAGUGAGUCCAGGCAAUUGCAGCAGGAGACAGUAACUCAUCCUGCAUCUGUGCAAGAUCUUUGCUGCCCCAAUCAGGAUUAUGGCAGGUAGAUUCUGCUCAUGUGCUGGAACUCCACAGCACCUCCCUUGCUCAUACAUUGAAAACUGCAUUGAAAUCACUGGAACAAUGUGCAGACAUUUCCACAUUGCAUAGCUGCAGGUUUUUCUAUUAAAAAGAAAAUUCCUGCUGUCCUUACUAUAUCACUGCUAUACAGAUUAUACACCUGUUAUGAGCUAGAUUUGUAUUUUUUUCAUUCUUAAAUGAGCUAUUGUUUAGAAGAAAUAAGAUAAUGUAAAUCAAAUAUUGCACAUAAAAUAUUAAAGGAAAUAACGCUGAGUAAUUUUAGAGGGUUAUGGUUUGGUGCAUAUGUGUUACCUCACUUGGCUUAGUUUUUUCAGUAUGAACUCACCUCUGAUAGCAGAACAGUGCAUUUCUCCUCUGGGCUUGUCAGAGUCUUGUGAACAUGUUAGCACAACCAGACUGGAUGCUGCACUCAGUGGAUGUGGACUGAUUUACCUGUAAAUUUCAGUUUUGUUACAGCUAUCAGCUCUGGAAAGCUUAAACAGCAUCCAAGUUUCAGCAGUUAAUGUUCAGUUGUGGUAUCUAACAGGUUGCAUCUCAUACUUUUUCUUCUCCUUCAGAAGUGCUUUCUUAUCUCUUUCCCCACACCUCCUGAAUAUUUUCAUAUGUUAUGGCUGUGCCAUGAAAAGAUGCAGCUUUUCAAAUGCAAUGCUAUCUUUGACCAGCAAUGCAGCUCCAAAAUGUGAUGGAAAAACAUUGUUUUUCUGCAAAGUAUGACAACCCAGGCUUCCUUUAGUACAACAUGUUCCAAGGUCUCUGUUAAAUCAUAGUACAAACAUUGAAUCAGUUGUGUUUUAAUGAGAAUGUCUAUGACCUGUGUCCUAUUGUAAGGUAAUUUUGUCAGAGUAAUGAUUUCACAUUAAUAACAUGUCAGAAUAAAAUUAAGGUUAAAACAGGUAAACUUGCAAAACGUGGGAAACAACUAACUUUAAAUUUUGCAGCACUGCUGGAAACUGCUAAUAGAAAUGGCGUAACAACAAAUGCAAUAGUGUAUUCAGCCAGCAGUAUUUUUUACAUUUAUAUAAGGAAUGUAAAGAGUGUGAGGCAUUUUUUGAACACCUACACAACAGUAUGCUUCACACUUCACUGAGGAAAACCCAAUGAACUAACCAGAACUGAACAGGAGUUGUCUGCAUUUGUAAUGUAAAUGUAAUAUUCUCCGAGAUUACAUUUAGUGUUUUGCAAAUAUGUUUUUACCUGAAAAAAAAAAAGUCCAGUAAUAGUACUCAGAACUUUAAUUCAGUGUUUGCAAUCCCAUCAGUCUGCUGUCUAGCUUUAAUUCCCUAAUGUAUUUUAAAAUCUCAACUGUCCAGAUUUAGACUUCCCAAAUGCAAAUAGGAGACGGUUGAUUCUAUCAAUUUAAUGAAGGGGACAAGUUAGGAACAUUAGUAUAAAAAAAUGAAAAUUACUUAAUUUCUAAUAAUGGCUUUCAUUUAAAAAGUUAACCCAUGAAUGCAUUGCAAGAAAGGAAAACUAGGAGAGUAAAAUCCAAUAACAAUCCUUUUGAAGGACAUAAGGUAGGAGUCUUCAAAAAGGUAAUGGAUCUUUCUGCCACUUGGUAAAAGUCACUGUUCUUCCUUCUCCCUUGUUGUCUGGACUUUUUACACCCUUCAUCACAUCAUCAAUUUUCUUAAAAACAAGAAAAAAUUCCAAAAUUUCACUGAUUUUUUUAUUAUUAAAUCUAUAUUUUAUUUAAAGUGCAACGUAAAAUAAGUCAAGUACUCUACAGCUCUUGUUAUUAGCUUUCUUCAGAUAAUUUGUUAAUUUGUUUUGAAGCUGAGAGCCGUAUGACUUCUUUAAUUACCAGAGAGAUUUUUAUGUGGAUGUUUGCUCAGAACUCUUUCUUUCCGUGUUCUAAUUAUGACUUUCCUUUCAGUAAUGCCAGAAACAGGAAUCUUACAUGUGCACGUAAAAUCAUACUGUGCUUGCUGUGUCACUUGUCUGAGGUAGUCCAAAGUAGGCAUGAGUAUUGGGCACAUAUUUUUGCAGAGGCAGCCUUUCUCACUCCCUACUUGUAUAUAUGCUGUGAGCCAUGCUUUUUUAGGGGCAGUAUGUGUGUGUUUAGAAGAAAAAUACCUAUGCACCACUCAAACUAGUAAUAGUAUUGAAGGCAUAAUGCUCACAGGUGCAGAAAGGUCUUGCAAGUGGGGUGUGCACAAAGGCAUGUGGUAGAAAAGUAUAUGGUUAACCUUGCUAAGCACAAUUUCUAGAAUACUCAAUCUGAAAAAAUGCUUGGCAUCUGUUACAUAAACACGUAUUUUGUGGGGAUAUUUGUGAUCUAUCUCAUACAAUAUCUACAUGCUGUAGCCUAAAAUUUCUGUAUCUGUAUUAGCACAGACCACAACUGAAGCAACAGCAGCAGCAGCACUGGUGUUACUGGGUCAGUAUCCUGUGGAGCAGUGCCUGCAAACUGCAGUACAGCCUCAUCUUUGGUAGCAGUUACAUGUUGAUUGUUUUUAGUUAGCAAAAAGUAGCAGGGAUUUUAUCCUCAUCACGUGGUUUAUGGUGGCUAAUAGUCCAACAGAGCAAGUUUCUCCACCAGUCAAAAUUUUGGAAAGGGAUUGUAGUAUUCCAUCUUGGGAUAGCUCUGGGGAGCCCAAGCAAGCUGACUUUCUUUUCUGAUCUUAAAUGCUUUGAGAUGUCUCUAACUCAUGCUGGUCAGAGAUCUCUCCUGUUAGCUGAGACUGGAGCUGACCAUGACUGAAUGAGACUGAAUGGUCCUGACCAUGCAUCCUGCUGCAGGAGAGAGGGCCGUGCUCGAGUCAACCAGUGCAAGUCUGCUCCUGUUCUCUGAGCCCUUGCAUUUUUUCAUGUAUGGCAAUGUUCUUGUUGCUGUAUGGUGGGAGAGCUUUACUAAGAAAUUACACCUGCACUGUGUUCAUCAGCUGAGCUGUAUUGUUUCAGUGGUGAAGCAUGGCUGUAUUUAAGUUGCCUGGUCUUUUAUAAUGUUAAAUCUUUAGAAAUUUGGAAGGAAGGGUUUUCUUACUUUUGAGGUAAUCAUUCUCCUCUCAGGUUAUACAAAUAAGAUGAGAAUCAUCAUGCAGUUAUGAUGAAGGUGGAGUAGAACUUUUCAUACUUUGAGGGAUUGGGUUUGUUAUUGAAGGGCUAUGUGUCUUUUGUUGCAUGAAAAUGGUUUUUAUAGACAGCUGAGAUAAAAGCAGAACAUAACUUGUACCCGAUAGCCAGCCAAGAGCAGUACUUUGAGGAAUGAGUAAAACUAGAAUCAUUCUGCUGCCUUUCUUGGGAAAAAUAAGGAGUCCAGGAAGGUCCAGGAAUUGCUGCAUCUUCUCCUCAUGGGAAGAGGUUUUUUUCUUUAAUUCCUGAAAUAUUGGAUGUGUAUACUACGAUUCUUUAAGGAACUCAGCACAAUCUAUCUCAUUGUUGUUUGUAAACUAUAUCCAUGGAAAAAAAAAAGGUUUGUAAGAGCUUAGUAAUAUCACAGCUGUCUCUAGAUAUUGUUUUUCUGAUAUUUUGAAUAACUUCUCAUGCAAUCUUGCAAGCAAUAAUGGGAAAAAUACACAAGAGAAAAUAAUAGGCAAAUUAUGAAAAAAAGCAAAACUUUCAACAGAUAUGUUUAAGUAUAUUCCUCACCGGUGCUUACAUGAUGAUAACAACAUCAAUAUGAAAGCUUGCUUUUCUUUAUAUAGUGUUCUUAUCAUUACUUGAAAAUCUUGAUUUAUGAGCCUAAUAUAAUGAUUAUAUUAAGUGGUUAGGAAAAAGCCAGUCAGUGACAGAAAUUCUCAUAGAAGUGUUUAUUUCCUUUCCAGUUCAGCACUGAUUUUCCUAAGUAAAAGUUGUGUGUGUUGGUCUCCUUCUUGGACAAAUUAGCAUGUGAAAAACAGAACAUUAUGAUAGUGUCUUUUUGUAUAAGUCUCUAAUGCCUACAGGAUAUUUUGGUUUUCCUUUUGUGCAAAUUCAGUGAUGAUUGUAUACUGGAGUUAAAAGAUUGUCUACAUUCCCAUAUCCCUUCAAACAGAGUUUAAAGCUCUCUCAACAAGUCCUGGUAACUCCUGAGCUAAGAUCCUUUUUUCCUAUUUGUUGACAGUAGUCUUGGUUUGUAUAAACUGACCUGUGAUAAAAACCCCAAAAUUCUGCUGGUUGGUCACACCAGUCUCUAAGCCAGGUAUUACUCUUCAUGAUUUUCCUGUUUCUAACCCCUUCAUUCCCUGCAAAUGAGGGAGGACAGAGAGAACACAACUGGUACUCCAGAUCCCUUGACCAGUUGUCUCAAGGCCAUCAGGACCUGCUUGACCCUCUGAAGUCAUUGACGAAAUUUCAUUGCUGCCUACCUGAAAAGCCACUAGAGGCUGAUAAUCAAUGGGCUGUACCAGGCUGGAUUGUUUCUUGGUGAUGUCUCUUACAUCAGCCUCAGGGAGGCAACAUACCUCCCUGUGGCUUGGGUCUGAUCAGCAUAUUGGGCUCUCCAUUCCUCUCAAAAGGGAGUCACCAGUGACUACUACCCUUCUUUUUAUUUAAUUCAGGAAGUCAUGGUGUGGGGGUAGGCUUCCCUGCCCUAGGCAACCUCUCCAUCCCAGAAGAACUUCAAUCCCCAUUCUCAUUUCCCUGGUCUCUAGAUUCCAGGCUCAUAUCAGUUGUAUAAGGACAAUUGUGAUGGUGAGGCAAGUUAGAUGGGAAUUCAGUACCAAUCAUCAGUCAGGAGAAGAGUGAAGUCAGCACCUUGAAUUUUAGGAAAGCAGCAUUUCAGCUCUUUGAGAAGUUAACCAAUGGGCAAACCUAGGAAACCUGGACAAGGGAGAAGAACAUGAUUCCAUGGAGUACAGGAGCUCUCAUUCCCACAUUUAAGAAAUCUGGAAAGCAGAGCAAGAGGUCAGCAUAGAUUAAUCACAAACUGCUGGUUAAGCAAGAAGGAAAGAAGGUAACGCACAGAUAAUGGAAGCAGAGACAGGUAUCCUGGGAAGAUUUUAGGGAGAGAUUGCCUGGUUGUGUACCUGUGAGGCCAGGAAGACCAAGGCAUAGAGAGAGCUGAACUUCACAAGGGAUGCAAAGGAUAAUAAGGACAACGGGUUAAUCAGACAGAAAAGGAAGGUCAAAGAAAGUACAGAGCCCCUGAUGAACACAGACUGGCAAACUGGUAACAGCAGACAAGGAGAAGGCUGAGGCACUAAACAUUUUAACUUCAGUCAAUGGCUACCUCUCUUCAGUCAAUGGCUACUCAUCUUCCCACUCUCAAGUGGAUGGAAGCUAAGUUCAUACCAUUGUAAAUGAGGAUUAGGUCUAUGAGCACCCAAAGAACCUGAAUGUAUGUAAUGAGAUGCAUCCCAGAGUACUGAGGGAAUUGGCUGCUGUAGAUGCCAACCCACUCUCCAUGACACUCAAAGAGUCGUGGCAGUAAGGGGAAGUCCCAGGUGACAGGAAAAAGGGAAACAUUGAACCAACCCAUCUUAAAAGAGGGUAGAAAGGAGAAGCCUGGGAGCUACCAGCCGAUCAGUCUCACCUCGGUGCCUGGGAAGGUCAUGGAACAGAUCCUCCUAGAAUGCACAUGGGGGACAGGAAGGUGAUUUGAGGCAGUCAGCACAGCAGAUCUUCUACAAUGCAGAGACUACAUCAGUGGGCAGGGGAAGGACUACAGACAUAAUCUAUCUGACUCCUCUAGGGCAUUUGAGUUCUCUCCAACAUCCUUCUUUCUGAAUUGGAGAGAUAUGGAUAGACUAUUCAGUGGAGUAGGAAUUAUUUGGAUGGUCACAUCCCAAUAAGAGGGAACUGGUCAACAGUUUGAUGUACAGAUGGAGAUCAGUGGCAAGUGGUGCCCUCAGAGGACGGUACAGGGACCAGUGUUAUUUAAUAUCUUCAUUAAUGACACAGAUGAAGGGGUCAAGUUCACCCUCAGCAGAUUUGCAGAUGACACAAAGCUGAGCGGUGCAGUGACACUCCUGAAGGAUAAUAUGACAUCCAGGGGGACCUGAACAAGUUUGAGAAGUGGGUCCAUGGGAAACUCAGGAGGUUCAAUAAAGCCAAGUGCAAAAUGCUGCACCUGGGUCAUGUCAGCCCCCAGUAUCCAUGGAGGCUGCAGGAUGAACAGAUCAAGAGCUUCCCUGCUGAGGACUUAAUAAGUACUAUGGGAUCAGAGUUUGGACAUGAGUUGGUGAUAGCCCAGAAAGUUAACUGUAUCCUGGUCACAUCGAAAGUGUGACCUGAGGGCUAAGGAAAGUUAUUCUCCUCCUCUAGUCUGCACUGGUGGGACCCCAGCUGGAGUACUGCAUCUGCCUCUGAGUCCUCAGAAUGAAAAAGACAUGGAUCUGUUGAAGCAGGUCCAGAGAAGGGCCUCAAAACUGAGCAGCGGGAGCACCAUCCCUACAUGGAAUGACGGAUGGACUUUGCAUUACUUUGCAUUAUUUGCAUUAUUUAGCCUGGAGAAGAGAUAGAGAAAUGAGGACUGAUGGUGAAACCAGAAAGAAGGGACGAGUGGAAGGUGAUUUAAGAUUUAGUUUUUAUUUGUAAGUUUACUACUCUUAUUUGAUUGGUAAUACAUUAAUUUCUCCAAAUCCAGUCUGUAUUGCCUGUGAUGGUAAUUGAUGAGGGAUCUCUUCCUUUACCUGAUUCUACUCUUGAGCCUUUUGUUAUAUUUUCUCUACCCUGUCCAGCUGAGGAGAGGGAAUAAUAGAACAUCUUUCAUGGGCUUUCUUCCAGCCAGGGUCAGCCCCUCACAAGCAGUGUCUAAGAGUGCCAAGAUCUAGUGAGGUGUUACUGGAAAAUGUCUUUUCCUUAUAAUUAAUCUUCAGGAAAUAGGCCAAAUUAGAAAUUCAGAAAAGGAAAGUAACUUCGUAUUAAAAGUUAAAAAUGUCUAGAUAUUAUCUGCUUUAACUUAAAUGAUUAAACAUUUAGAGGAAGCUUAUUCAUUAACUCAGUGGAAAUAAUGUUUCUGAAAGCAGAGGACCCAUUAAUAUUGAAAAAAAAAACAUAGGUAUUGUUGCCUGAGUUAAUAAAAUCUGACUAGAAAUAAGAUUAAAAUUCUUCGCAGUGAGAAGAAUUUAUUUGGAAAAGUAGUCAGUAGUCUACAGUAUGAAGUCUUUGAAUUAAUUCUGCAUUUCUCUAAAAUGGAGACACACUAAGUCUAAGGGAAAUACUACAGUCGUAAGCAGGAAGGCAAAGUAAUUUACUCUAAUGCUCACUGUUAGCCAUUAAAAGAACUGAUACACCUUUCAUUAAAAGACAGAUGAAAAAUAUACUUUUCUGAUGUAGCCAGCAGGUGCAGUUUUGUACUUGACAGAGAGGAGAGAUGAAAAGAGUCAGUUAAGCAUGCCAGAAGCAAUGAAAAAAUUAAAAUGUCAAACUUUAUUUUUUAUAGACAGGCACAACUCAGUACAAAUUGUUCAGAGUGUUAAUGAAUUGCUUCUACUUAUAUGGUGACUUGAAAGGAAUGUGUUGGAUGGCUUUUAUGAAUAUAUAUGGAAGUACUUCUCUACCGUCUAGAAUUACGAUUUCAGAACAAACUGUCUUUCUAUAUAUGUGUGGAAAAUCUACAGCAAAACAGCAUUCUCUAGAUCGACUGUAAAGACAAAUCCUUUGGCAGCCAAAGUGCUUCUCAGCUAUGCAGGUAUUGAUCUCAGGGUCAGUAGAUGAAGCCAUAAACAAACACUCUAAAAUUCCAGUGCUGAUGUAACUUUAUUUAACUCUGAUCUGUUUCUGGGAAAAACAUCCUAACCCACCUUUGCUGAUCAUUCCUGCAUCCUAUAUAUAUUAUAUUUUAUAUAUUUUAUAUUUAUAUUCCUAUAAUAAGUCAACUAUAAACAUUUUUGCAGUGUAGUAGUGAACCAAUUGAGUGGCCCAGGCUGUCUGAAACAAUGUUCAUCCCCAAAAUCAGUCAGUCAGUCACACUGUGAAAGAGGAGAGUGGAAAAAGAAUCAAUCAUGUCACAGAGAUGUGGGCUUUUCCUUGCCCUGGCUUGUUUCUGCAAAGUGUGAAAAGAAUGCAGGAGAAAUAUUUUCAUGUAUACACACAGAGAAAUGUUUCAAAUAUGUUGUUGGUCUUCACCAAAAUAAGUAAGUUCAAAAUAUAAUCAAAAUAACAGUUUGAGUGUUAUGAUGUGAUGUAAUGAAUCCUUCUAGAAAAAUAGACCUUUUUAUAAGAAUUAAGGAAAUCUAGCAUCCAAUUUCUGAGACAUUUAUAAUAUAUUUCUGCACCAAGUUGACAUAAUACCAGUAAAGUAAGAAAUACAUAAAGAAGAGCUUCUGGUGGAUGUUUAUUUUCUAAAGCAUAACCCUUGAAGAUAUAAAUGAAACAUAAAUGGAUUUUUUACAACAGGAAAAAACACCACUCUUGUUGGCAUUAGUAAGAUAGUAGUCAAGCUUUUUUUCUGCUAAGGACUUUUUAUUUCUGGGAGGAUUCUUUUUUUUUUUUUUGUCCAAGCAAGUAUGACAUGGAAGUUCUGUAUUCUUAUUUUUCUUUUCUCUUUUUAGUCAUCUAUUUUAUGUUCCUUCAAAAACCAAACCAAACCAAACCAAAAAACCCAAAAAGCCAAAACAAAACAGAAACCCACAAAACCCAAACAACCAACCAGGACAAAAAGGAAAGAAGAGAGAGAAAAAAAUUUAUUUCUUUGUGAUAUAAAACACAACGUGUUUUAGCAUUUUUAAGUACAGUAUUAAUGCUCACAUUUUCACCUUCUGAGGAACUCUGACAAUUUAAAUAUUACUUAGUGAAAAACUGAUAUACAAAAAAAAGUGAAAAUAACAAUCAAGGGAACAAUAAAUUCAGUGGAAUUUCAAUAAACAUAUGUCAAUAAUUACUGAACAGGCUAAAAAAGAGACUCAUCUCAUAAUGAUUCGGGGCUGUCAUGAGUUCUGACAAAAAGACAGAAAGAAGUUGUAAGAUUCCUCUAACAGCUUAUAUAGAAUGUCAUAUAUAUGUAACUGCAUUGACCUAGUGACUAAUUCAUAACACUGGUUAUGAGUCUCUACAGAAGAGUUUGGGUAAGGCAAUAGGCUAGAUUUUUGUGGUACAUUUGUUUUCAUAACCCAAAAUAUUUUUUCAUAAUUAAUUUGGAAUCGUUAUUAAUGUAUUUAAAAUAAUUUUGUAAGCUCAGUAAUAAUAUGUUACUGAUAAAGUAUGUCACUCUGUGAUAGAUGUCUUUAACACUUCCAGUAAUCACACCUACUGAAGAAAUGAGGAAUGCAGCUAUGAUAAUACAUAAUUUGUAAUUUAUAUCUUUGGAAUCUGUAUACUGAAUAUGAUACUUUAGAGACUGAUGAUUUUUUUAUUCCCUGUCAUGACCUGAUUUUUCAGUACAAGAGUGGUAUUUUGAGAUCAUGUCUAGAUCACAGACUUGUUGUUGGACACUGCUUGGACACCAGCUGUGCUAUUUGAAAACAAUUUAAACUUGGGGUUUGCCAAGACUUGCAAAAGAGCUGUAAAUACUGAAGUAGUCCUCAUUUUAAGAUAGUACAACAUAUUGUUCUAAUUAGCAAAAUCUUAUUUUACAAUUUGUUGAGCAAAUUAUUAUUUAUUUGCAUGAAAAGGUCAUCAUGUCUUUGUGGACAGAAGAGAUGAGAAAAUAAUUUAAAAAAAAAUAAGCAGUGUCUACAUGUGAAAGCUGGCAGACAACACUGACUUUGUCUUGUUAGAGGUCUUAAAAUAUAUCUAUUUUGGUUUAUUGUCAUUAAGGUUUGAACUUGUGAUAUGCAGACCAAUUAUGCCAGUGUCCAGUACAAAAGUACAGAAAAUGGAGAACUUUUGUUCCAAGUAGCUUAUAUCUUUGGUAUAAUCUGAGAUUUAUUCUGAUCACACUCAGACUUAAGAGUAAGUCUCCAAGUGGGAAACAGCAUUUGAAGCCUGAAUUGUAUUAUUUAGGUAGAAGAAUAAUUAAACAAGAAAAGUGUUGCAGCAGAACAGUAACUACAUAUAAACCUAAGGCUCGAUGUUUAAAUUUUCUAGUACUAAUGCAUUUUUUACAUACAUUGCUUCUUUUCAUCCACUUCUUUUUUUUUGGUACUCAGCUCCAACUGUAAGAAGACAUGGUGUUCAGUCAUUUAUUUUAAGGCUAGGGAGAUAAGAAAUAAGGUUGUAAAUAAAUUAAGUUAUUGAUCUCUAGAAAGAGGAUGACCAGUGUAGCAAGCUUCACUGUUGAUCUUGUCUGAAUUCACAGACUGAUGCAGGAAAACUAUCAGGAAAGCAUUUGUAUGUACUAGUAUGUUUUUAACAAUUUUCUUUCUCUGUCACUCAUUAACCAUGCAUACAGGACAUUAAUUAUUUGUCUCUCAGACAUGCAAUGAAUCUUUUAAAUUGUGUUUAAAUGAAUAUUUCAUGAGCUUUCAGCACCUGUGCUUUGUGGUGUGUUUUCAAGGAAAAUUUGAUCUAUGAGUGGAAGUUUUAAUGUCGGAAACACGAAGCAGGGAGCUUUAGCAUAGUGCCAUAAGAUUAUAGGAAAAAAGGUAUGUAUUAUUAAGAGCAGAAAGCUAUGGUAUUAGCUUUCUGUUUAACAGGAAAUUGUCUGUUUGGUAAGACAAACUCUGCUUCAUGUAUAUUGAUUGGAAAAACUAUGAACUGUGCAUCAGUUCUUCAUGAGGAAAAGGCUGAAGUACUCAACAACUUUUUUGCCUCUGUCUUCACUGGCAACCCCUCUUCCCACAAGUCUUGACUGGAUGGACAUCAGGAUGGGGAUUGGGAGAACAAAGUCACUCCCACUCUAAGUGGGUUGUUCAGGUUCAUGACCAUCUGAACAACCUAAAUAUAUAUAAAUCUCUGGGACCCAAUUAGAUGCAUUCCAAAGUCCCAAGGGAAUUGGGACUGAUGGUGUUCCACUCUUGAUGAUAUUAAAAAAUUCAUAGCAGACAGGUGAAGUCCCAGGUGACAGGAGAAAUGGUUGCAGUACCCAUCACUAAUGAAGGUAUAGAGUAGGACCCUGGGAAGUACCAACCUGUCAGUGUCACCUCCAUGCCUGGGAAGAUCACAGGACAGAUCCUCCUAGAAGCUCUGCUAAGGCACAUGGAGCACAGGGAGCCAGUACGGCUGCCCCAAGGGUGAGUCCCGCCCGACCAGCCUGGUGGCCUUCUGUGAUGGAGUGGCUGCAUCAGUGCUUAAGGGAAGGGCUGCAGGUGUCAUUUCUCUGGACUUCAGUAAGGCCUUUGACAUGGUCCCCCAAAACAUCCCUCUCUCUAAAUUGGAGAGAUAUGGAUUAGAUUUGUUUGGACAAGGAUUUGUUUGGAUGGUCACAUCCAGAGGGUAGUGGCCAACAGCUCAGCAUCCCAGUGGAUGUCCAUGGCAAGUGGUGCCCUCAAAGGUCUGGGACCAGUGUUAUUUAAUAUCUUCAUUAAUGACAUAGACAAAAGGAUCAAGUGCACCCUCUGCAAAUUUGCAGAUUACACCAAGCUGAGUGGUGCAGUGACACGCCUAAAUUAUGGGAUGCCAUCCAGAGGGGUGGACAAGCUCAAGUAGUGGACUUAUGGGAAUAUCAUGAGAUUUAAUAAGACCAAGUGCAAAGUGCGGCACCUGGGUUUGGACAACUCCUGUUAUCAGUCCAGGCUGGGAAUGAAGGGAUCGAAAACAGCCCUGUGAGAAGGACUUGGGGGUGCUGGUGGGUGAGAGGCUGGACAUGCCCCAGCCAUGGGCACUCACAGCCCAGAAAGCCAAAUGUGUCCUGGGCUGCAACCAGAGCAGCGUGGCCAGCAGGGUAAGGGAGGGGAUUCUGGCCCUCUGCUCUGCCCUGGUGACACCCCACCUGGAACCCUGCAUCCAGCUCUGGGGUCCCCAGCACAGGAAUUGAGCUAUUGGAGUAAGUCCAGAAUAGGAUGGACUAAUCACCAAGGUGAUUAAUAGGAUGGAGCACCUCUCCUAAGAGGAAAGACAGAGGUUGGGAUUGUUCAGCUUGGAGAAGAGCAGGCUUUGAGAUGACCUAAUUCCAGCCUUACUGUACCUGAAGGGAGGCUAUAAGAAACCUGGAGAAAGACUUAUUACAAGACAAAAGGUAAUGGCUUCAGAGUGAAGGAUAGUAGGUUUAAAUUAGAUAUUUAGGAAGAAAUUCCUUACUGUGAGGUUGGUGAGGCACUGGAACAGAUUUCCCAGAGAAGUUGUGGAUGUCCCAUUUUUAGAGGUGUUCAAGACCAAGUUGGAUGGGGCUCUGAGCAACCUGGUCUAGUAGGAGGUGUCCCUGUCCAUGGCAGGGGACUUUGAAGUACAUAAUCUUUGAGGUUCCUUAUAACACAAACCAUUCUGGAAUUUUAUGAUUUGUUUUUUCUCUAAUUUACCUUGUGAGUCUUUGCUGUGUGGUAGAAGAUGGUCACCUAGUUGUCUUGAUACAGCCACACAUGGUCAACUAUGACCUAUGACCUGUCCUGCAUUUUUAUUUUGUAGAAACUGAAGCAUGGAAAUAGAAGACAGAUUAAGGACACUGCUGUGCUCUUUGCUUUUGCCAGUGAGUGAUUUGUAAUUUUUGAUACAGACUUGGAAAAGGAAACUCGCAGAUUUCCUGAGGUCCCAAAUUUAGAUAGGCUGGGUGACCGCAUAUGUUCAGUUUACAUGGCAAAGAGGUGGGGGCUGUGGGGGUGACAUCUAUGACAAGAUGCCAGAAGUUGUCCCCAUGUCAGACAAAGCCAUUUUCUCAAAGAUGGAUCUGCUGCUGACCAAAGCUGAGCUGUCAAACAUGUUGGUGCACAUCUGUGAUAAUAUAUUAUCCUUAUUUCCUUAUUCCACUCUGGCCUUUGACUGGCAGUAGAUCAAAUUUUUCAGGUUGAGUAUGUGAUGGUAACAGAGGAAGGAUCUCCCUGUCCUUACCUCUUUAUGCCACUAGCAUUUUUUCAUAUUUUGUCCCCCCAUCCAGUUGAGGACAAGAGCAAUAGAGUGACUUGGUGUGUACCUGGUGGCCAACUGAGGUCAACCUACCUAUUCAUGUUCACAUGCCUGGCACUACCUUGGUGUUGAUCUGUUGCCCAAGCCUGGCCCAGGUGAAAGUCACAGCAGCUGGAGUGCAAUGCAUGUCCAGCAUUUCCUCCCAUAGAGGUUUGCUUAGGUACUUGUGUGAUGGCAAAAAAGGGCACCUUCUUUAAUAUGAGCCUGAUGCCAUCUUUAUGGCUUGAUGCAACAUGGAAAUUGGAAUUGGAAUACCUUGUCUACCUGGCUUUUCUUCUCACGGCCUGAGCUCUCAAACAUAUCCACAGCAUGAAGCUUGAAGGCAGUGGCACAUGCUGUGGUCUGUUUUCAUAACCCGUUACAUGGACAAAAUCAAAGGAAAAUUUUCUUCACACUUCAAUUUCACGUUUAUUUUAUUCUGUGUUAAAAGAACAAUUCCAAUUUCUUUUAUGUUGAAAGGACUAAAUAGAAGGAUCACAGCACAGGAACUAAUUUUUCAGAAAACUUUCAGUAUAAGUAUUGUUUGAUUAUGAAAUUAUAUACUGUAUAAUCUCUUAACUGUGAUAGAACCAGAGCUGCCUCUUCCUUUUCUAAAUAAGAGAUCUGAGGUCAGUUUUAUGUCUCUUCAGAGGAACCUUACAAAUUGCAGUGAAUAUAAAUAAGCAGAACACAUGAUUUUUGGUUGCAAUCAAAUGUGAUUGCUAUUGGAUGGAGCAGAUACUACAGUACAAAUUUCAUUUAUAAACAAUGUUAUAUUGUUAAUGUAGCUAACCAUUGUAGACCUAAUCUUCCUAAUUUUUUUUUUUUUGAUGACUGGUAAUAAAUUACAGCAGGAACCCAGAAGAAUUAAUUUCUGGGCAAAUUAAAUCCACCUAAAGGCAGGCAGCAUUGAAGUGUAAAGAGAUGAUGAAGAGUGCAGGGGAAGGAUGAUUAGAAGACCUUUUCCCUGACUUAUUUCUGGAGGAAUGAAAGGGAGAGAAAUCUAGUGCACAUAGUGGGUGAACAGAACAUGUGCCACAGGGACAUGGGAUUUAGUGGUUCACUCUACUCCCUAGUUUCUUGGUAUGAGUCCAAUUUAUUGUGAUAACUUGUUUAUCACUUACCAUCUGUUUCUUGUGCUGCAUAACAGUGAAAAGUUUGUUUGGCCUAUUUCCUUUGGAGAAGGGUUUUGGUCAUUUCUCAUUACUUAUUAAUGAUUUUCCAAACCCAAGAGCUUAAAGUGACAUGAGGUAUUAAAACCCAGAAAUUUUACAUAUUCACUUUUCAUCAUUUUUGCUUACUGUCAGAGAGCUUUUCAGCUGUCCAAACUAUACAGGUGCCACAUUCAUUUUGCAUUAGAAGCUUUUUCAACACAGUCAGUCGCAAGUAUUUUGGUUUAGUGUUAAAAUUUUAAAACUAUUUUAUUUUCCUCAGUUAUUAUGGCAUGCCCAUAUUUAUGUGGAAGCAAAUAUUUAAGUGUUGCUAACAAGAACAGUGGAAAAACUAGAAAAAAUGUUCCUCUCGUCAAGCUUUCAAAAUAUGAAACUUCUUUCUGGGCACAUAAUUUUAGAAUGGUGCUUUAAUAAUUUAUUUUAAAAAGCCAAAGCCCCAACUUGAAUGGAGAAGCUUAGUACUGGUUCAAACAUGAAAAAUUUAAAAACAUUUAUAAGCAUUUCUCUGUGUACAUGUCUGUACAUAACAGUGUUGUAGCAAACAACUGCAAGCUUAUGCUGUUAUUUCUUGCCCUUUUUAAGAUAUAAAAUUUUAUUGUGCAGUUAUGAUUUGAGCCCCUUUGAUAUCUGUCAAAGGUCAUUAAGCAUCAGAUGUUGGAACCUGGGGCAUUGUUAAGGGUUACAUUUGUUAAGGGGCUGCUGAUUGCCGCAAGUACUGUGGAGAGCAAUAGGAAGUUAUUACCUACUCCCCUCUCCAAAGGCCCAAACCUUAAUUUACAGCUCAGAAGCAGCAUUACAUGGCCAGAUGCCAUUGUCAAAGCCAUGCCAUGCCAUUGCAGGGCUGAAAAGGGAAGAACUUUGGAGAAGAUGGAUAAGCAGGAUUAAGAUGCGAAGAAAGGAAGGACCACACUGAAAUGGAAAGUAGAGGAUGAAGUAGAGGUGAAGAAAAAAAAUGAAAGAAGAAUGCACAAACAACAAUCUAACCCAGAAAAUAUUCUAACUUCAUCAUCACUCUGUGACAUCCCAUCUUAAAUUAGGUUUAAAGGUAAUCUCUUAAGUGACCUCUUCACAAAUUCUUGAAAGGCACGUGACAUGAAAUGAUAAAACCUUUAACAUUUAUUGUUUUUCUAUUGAAUAUGCAAGGAAUGGGAGGACAUUUGCUUUAGUUCUGUAUCUUAGUGUGUGUGGUUUUUUUGUGGGUUUUUUUGGGGUUUUUUUUUUGGGUUUUUUUUUUUUUGUUUUUAAAUUCUCAUAAUGCCUGGAAGUUCUUUGACUAAACAGGAAGUUUUCUUUUGAACUUUCAUGACUCACAUAACCAAAGGAAAGCUAAGAGCGUUGCUGGGAUUUCAAAUAGAAGAAGUGCAGCAUGAAGUGGAUAACAUUUUAUAAAAGCCAUAGAAGUGGUCCUGGGAGUAAACGAAAUUACAGAAGUACAGAUGCAUCUUAUAUAGAACAUGACAGUUAAAAGGAAGUUGCAUUGAAAUAUCAUUUUAACUAGCUUAGACAGAAAUUAACCCUCUGAAUAGACAAGACUAAAACCAUCCCUAGAGCCAGUGCCUAGGUUAUUGCAUCAGGGAUGAAUUGGGCCCAAUGUACUGAUGAUAGGAUAUGAAGCUUGAAAAGGGCAUGAACAACGAUGAAUUGGAAACAGAUGUCAGAAAGAAUUUUUAGAAUCAUACAUUUAUCUAGUAGCUACUGGGCAAGGCGAUUGAUGAAAAACACAAAGGGACAAGAAGGAAAGAGAGAUUGGCACAUCUUACUGCUUCUGCUAAAAUAAUCUAUGCAGGUGAUGUCUAAUGUCCCUAACAUUUCUUCUUCUACUCACUACCACAUUAAGAUGUAAAAUGGAAAUACUGAAAUAUGUUGAAUCUAUCUCUUAAUAAUUUGCAUUGUGUUGGUCAUAUCAUGAAACCAUAGAAUGGUUUGGGCUAGAAGGAACAUUUAAAGAUCAUCUAUUCCAAACCCCUGCCAUAAACAGGGGUGGAUUCAGUUACAUCUGGUUGCUCCAAUAGUUGUUCCAUUUUUCACUACCCUCAUCAUAAAAAAGCUUUCUUAUAUUUAGCCUGAAUCUAUGCUCUUUUUGUUUAAAACCAUAACUCUUUACAACUGCAGGCCCUAUUAAAAAGUCUGUCCCCAUUUGUUUUUGUAAGCCCACUUUUAAAGUAUUCAAAUGCUGCAAUGAAGUCUCCCUUUACUUUUUUGUCCAGGCUGAAGAAUCCCUGUCUCUCAGACUUUCUUCAUAGGAGAGGUUCUCCAGCCCUCCAACAACUUUUAUGUCCCUCCUCUGGACUCGCUCCAACAUGUCUUUCCUGUGCUGGCACCCCAGAGCUGGAUGCAGGGUUCCAGGUGGGGUCUCACCAGAGCAGAGCAGAGAAGCAAAUCCCCUCCCUUGCCCUGCUGCCCACACUGCUUUGGGUGCAGCCCACGAUAGUUGGCUUUCCGGGCAGCACCUGUGUAACCUCUCAUCCACCAGCACCCAAAAUAUCUCUUGGCAGGGCUGUUCUCCCUCUGUACACUCCUCAGGCUGUGUUGCUGCCAGGGGUUACCCCAGCACAGGUGCAGAACCCCCCUGCACUUGGCCCUGUUUGAAGCUUGUGAGGUUGAUGAGGGCCUGCUUCACAGCACUUGCAUGCCUCAUUCAGCACAUGACAGAUUAUUAAGGUUAUGGAAGUAAUUUUAUAGCUACUUUUCAUAACUCCAGAUUGAAAAAGACUGUUUUCACAGAGCUUCAGAGAAGCUAGCUGCUUACACAGUGUAGUGAGGCAGAGCAAGCCUCUGGUGCUGGGACACUUACUACAGGAUUACUCCUGUAGCUCUUACCAAUGCCUGAAAUAAAUAAUGUAUUUAACACUGAUGCUUACUAAAAGAGGUCAUCAGGUGCCCAUCAGAUAUAGUCAAGGCCAUGUACCCAACUGCCUAUGGCGAGAAGACAUGAAGUGAUUUUUCCCAGAUAAUAUUUCUGAUUAGACUUAAAACAGUGCUUGCUGUAUCCAAGUCUUUUGCCAUUUAAAUCACACUAUAAUAAUUUUGCACAAAGAUAAACACUCAAAAAAAGUCAGAUAUCUAGUGUAGAGAUAAAAACUUCAGCUUGAGGCAUUGAUUCAAAGAUUCCUUGCAGUGGCAGUGACUAGUUGCAUAAAAACAGAAUAUGAAUUCUGAGGUUCAUGUAUAGUCACAGAUCUGUGCUUUAGUUAGCAGUAAAAAUCCCACAUAAAAUGAAACCUGGACAAUUCCAUGAUAGCUCAAUAGAAGGAGCACAUUAUAGGAGCUUAACUGGAACUACUUGCCAGCUUUCUAUUUGGACUUGCACUAAGUUUGAAAGCCACUUCCGGGACUGGUCUAAGUGCUAAACUGCACAUACCAGAUAACCAAAGGUUAACUGAACUGAUAUUUCUGAUUUUCAUUAGACCAGGAAAAUUGCAAUUUUGGUCACUGAAACAUUCAGUGAAACAGGAUGUAAGAUUUGAAUCUUCCAAAGCUAUGAAUGUACUGGAAAUAAAAUUCUGCUGUUUUUUCCCUUUUAGAUUAAGUAGAACCAAAAAUGCCAGAGCAGUGUGCAUCAACUCUGUGCUAUCCUUUUUGUGGUGAUACUGAAGCAAACAGGUCCCACUCACCUUGGGGAGGUGAUCCUCACCUGGUCCUUCUCACCUAUAAAAGUUUUGAAGGCCCCAAAGACUUUGAUAAUUUUCCAUAGUUAUUGUAUCCCUUUAUGCUUUAAUUACUCAAAAUUGCAUACCAUUAAUUUUAUCUUUUCAAUCAAUCAAUAGUUCUAAAAAUUCAAAGCAUUUUCUACAUAAAACUAUUCAUGAUACAUUUGGAUGGUAUAUAUCAAAUUUCAUUCAGGAUAGACACAUUCUGUUACCACUGUUUGCUUCAAAGAUAAUAAAAUCAUCAUACUGGUUUUCCGGAAAUAAAAAUUUUUAUCCUGGAAAUUUGUUAUUGGGAUACUAUUCACUGCUUUAUUUGUUCCCCCCAAAUAACCUCUUGAAAGAAAAGACUAUGAAGUAUUAGUGUUUCCUUUUUGUACUUUGGAUUUAUGAUUUCACAGUGCAAAUACUCACAGGUAGUGACAGCUUUAUAUUAUAGAUAUAGGUGAAACCUAAUGAUAAAUCAGAUGUAAAUAUUACAAACACAAUAUUGGUUUUUGGUUUGGUGUUUUGCUUGUUGGGUUUUGGUGGGGGUGGUGGCAGUGUUAUUGUUUUUGUUGCAUUUCAUUUAAUUGGCCAAAUGGGAGUUUUAUUUUGCUGCAAUUUGCUAUGUAGCAAUCUGUAAAUUAUUGGACUGAGGAGGCUGAUAAAUGAAUGCUCAGUUUCACACAUUUUUACCAAAAUAUUUCAUGCUUCAGUUAAAUGUUCCACAAUUGCAAUUCCACUUCCAACACAGUGGAAUUGCAAUUGAUCCACCACAAAUCACAUAAAAAUGUAAUUUAAUUUUCUAGUAUUUUCAACUUGAAAUCUAUGUGCUCAUCUGUGACACAAUAAUAUUUCAUGUUCAUGGUGAUCUGCUGUAAAUGUUGCUGAAGGUUUAAAGCCACAAAUAGCUGUGCUGGUCUGUUCUAUAAUCUUACACUGCACUGCACUUCAAAAAGACAAGUUAGUACUCUGUUUCAUUGUGAAAACCCUGUGGUGUCUGCAGUAGGUUUCUGCUUGUUGUUUUUCUCUGUUAAAUAGUCUGUGGCUAUGGAGCCUGGUUGGUUAUAGACCCGUAGCCAAAUUCAGCACCUGCAGAAAUAGAUUUCACCAGUGUAAGUAUAACCAUUUAUACAAAUAGGGUGUUUGGUCCAAAUUACAGCUUUCAAAUCAUUAUUCAACUUUCCCACAAUGUAAGUCAUCCUUAGAUGUCUGACACUACAAUGAAAAAGUUUCUCUGAGCUCGGGAACAUUAAUUACUGCAGAUUUCCUUAAGUUUGGAUACCACCUCUCAAUUAGUCACCUGGAACAGUUUAAAAGGGCAUCGCUUUUACAUACAUUUUAAUGUCUGUUUUUUCUGAAAUUUUAAAGGUCUAACAUAACUUCUAGAACAUAAAAUCACUUCUAGAAACACAAUGAAUCCUAUUAAAUAUUAAAAUUUAUGUGAAAUGCUGUUGUUAAGUAGAAUUUCACAUUGAGUUGGGCAAGAUAAUGCAAAAUUGCAUUUCUAAAGUUGAAGUGAAGAUGAAUGACAAUUUAGUUUACACUCACUAAAAUUAAAAAAGAAAUCUGCUUCUUUAAAAGAAAAUAAAAAUUUUAUUUUCUUUAAAAAGGUUAAUUCACAGGGCAACAAAAGGGGUUUUUUCUACUGUCUUUGUUACAGAAGUCUUGGCUCUGUUCACAGUUACAAAACAUUGUUUCUUAAGAACUGUUAUUACAUUUGGUUAACUCUUGAAAUUGAGGCUUUCAUAUUAUAGGGUAUGUCUGGAACAGCUUGUGUUAUAGUCAGGAAGAGAGGGCCUAAUCAUGCCAUUGAGGAACAGGGUAAUAAGAUUUUUAAAGAAUUAAGUAAUAAUUAAGUAUUUAUUGAAACUAGCUACAUUCAGAUGACAGAUAUUUCAAAAUACUUGAAUCAACCUGUUUGAAAUCUGCAUAAUAAAAUUUCAAGUGUUUGUCUUUUUGAACAGAGAGACCUCCUAGACAGAGCUGGCAGAGCAAAUCAGAUAUUCCACUUUAGAGAAAAUUUUUCAAGCCUGCAGCAUAGUUCCUGAGUUUGAAACGUGUAAGUUUGCAAACAUCUUGAAGAAUCACAGAAAGGUGAUUCACUUCUCUGUUCUGCUGCUGUCGGUGGGCAGUGGUGGAGCGCUCUUCCGGUCCGGCCUUUGGCAGCAGGUGCAUGAGGUGCCCCACUGCUCUUUCCUGACAAAAUAUGCUGGGACAAGUGGGUAACAGAUCAUCCUCCAGAAUUAAACCAGGCUCUGUCACUUUCCAGGAGUACACACAGAUUUGUAGUGAUCAAAUGGGCAGAUUUGCACUGCAGAAAUUCCUAGGAUUAUUCCCAAGGAUAAAUUAAUGAAAUUCAUUCCAGCCAACCUGGGAAGAUGAAGUAAUUUUUGAUAAAUUCAUAAACUUUAUUAUAUUGUUGUUAAAAAAUAAUUUUCUUGCAAAGUAAAUUUGCAGUUACUCAUAUAUGCUGUUCUGGACUAUACUCAUUUUUUCAGGACAUGCAAUUCUCCAACAAUGUAGUGCUUAUGCAAUUUUGUAAAUAAACAAGGCCUGUACUAUUCUGGAUGCUAAAACUUAACUUCCAUUAGUGGGAUUAUCCUUAAUAUUCAUAGUUUUUGUGUCUAUUUUAUUAUGGUAAUUAACUUGUUGGGGGGUUUUUUAGGUUUUUUUCUGGGUUUGAGGAGAUUUUUAAUAUAUUUUCCUGUUGUAUUAAAAGAAACAGGGGAGACAGCAUCUAACUGGUAUCACUUCCUAAUGCAGACUGGUAGAUAUGUCUUAGAUAUUUUCAUUUUAUAGAUUAAAUUCCUAUAUACCUGAAAAAUUUAACUUCCAUUAGACCAGCUUGCUUGAAGCCCCAUUUUACCCAGCCCUGAACACUCCCAGAAUUUGAGCAUUUUUUACAGUUAUGCAUUCAAGCAGCAUCAGAAAACAGAGUUAUUUAUGAACACUUUGAGAGCCAGUAAAUGCUGAAGGCAGGGGCUCAGCAUGCCAUAAAAACAUGCAGAGUCCCUGGAAAGAUUCAAAUUUCUUUGGGACAAGGCCUAAAGCAACCAGGCCUAGCUCUAAAUUCGGCUCUGAUAUGGGUUGGACUCCACCUAUUUCUUCUGGUUUUCCUCUGAUCUUUUUAUCUAAAUGAGCUGAUUGGAGAUGACUAAAAUGAUCUAAUAAAAAUUGUUUCAGAAAGUUGCUGCCUGUUUUAGCAUCCCUCAACAUGUGGAGCUUCACUAAUAGGCAGAUAUUAAUAAUAAUGUGUAGUUUAAUAGUGAAAUUCUCUCCAGAAGAUAUGUUUGAGAUUAUUGCUAUAUAUUUUCUAAACCAUGUAUUAAAACUGCUUUUGCUCAGAGGUUAAUGUACUGUGAAAGGUAGGUUUUAAUGCAUGUGUAUGCCAUGGGCUAUUUCAGACUUAGCAAGCUGUAGAAAGCUUUAUUAGAAUUCUUUCAUGUAUGCAGUGGUUCUGGGUAGUUUGGUCUUAAUUUUCUUGAAUUAGUUGAAAAAUGGCAAAAACAUGAAGUAUAUCUUUCUGUGAGUCUGAAUUUUCCUCAUAAAUUUGCAAACUGUGCUUCAGUCUUACUGCCUUAACACUGAGUGUUGUCUGAAGUCAUGUUUAGCACCAUUUUUCUCCUCCUCUAGGGAUAUCUGCUAUAAGUAUGUGAGUCCGUCCAUUCAGGCUGUUCACUGAGCACUUUCCACAGUUUAUUCGGUCUUUCCACCGCUACAUAUAUUCUUAAUUGUCUUGCUUUGUGAACUGAAAUGAAAGCACUGUGUUGUUGCGUCAUUAGUACCAUAUAUCACGUUUGUUUAUAGCUGGAGUGAAUAAAGGCAUUUAGGAUAUUCAUUGGUUUUAAUUAGUGACACUAUUAGCUUCCUUCCUAGAGUUUUCCUAUACUAAUGUCUUUGAGCUCAAUCAUUCCUGUCUUUCCAGUCCUGAACACAAGAAUGUGUCUUCCGUUGCUCCAAUAUUCAUUGAUAUUAUCAGUGUACUGUCCAAAGAUGCUCUGGCCCACUGAAUUAAUUUAGUAGUAUGCAGUUAGUGACUGGAUGUGAUGGCUUUUGAGAGACAAGUGCCAUAUAAAAAACAACUUGGUCAAAAAAGGAUGCUUUAAUCUGGGUUACCUUUUUUGCCUAAGAGAUGUAUUUCCUUUCUUUAGUUUACUAACAAAAGUUACACAGAGGAUAACUUUGUUGUAUUACUACAAAAUGUUUGAGCAAGAUGUUGCUUAAAAAAAAAAAAAAAAAGAAAGAAAAAACCCCAAACUUGAGUUUUGUUUGCACCUCAGUUGGAAAGUUUUGGAACAGAUAAAGUUACCUUACUGUUAGUCACCUCUCAGUCCAUUUUUCUCAAUAGCAACUCAACAUUUCUCAAAAGUGUUUCACACUUAGAAUUGCUUUGCAAAUAUUACCACUAUAUUCCAGCAGCACUGUUAGACAUUGUUGCCUUGAAUAUCACCUGUGAUAAAGCAACCCAUGAUGCAGUUUGUUCUUUUGAGAGAUGAAAAUUACUGCAAUUUCUGAAAUAGCAGCAGAUCUUGUAGAAUAGUUUUUCAUGAAAGUAUUCAUUUACUUUGCACUAUCAUUUGCCUUGCAGAGAGAGAAAAUCACAACUGCAUAAAAUAAUC